CAGACCCAAGUAUUAUAUACAGAUGAAUUAUUUAUGAUAUAUAUCUACUAUAAAGGUCAUAAAUUAAUCACAUACGUACAUAAAUAUAUGAGUCGUAAACCUAAUACAAGAAGUAAAUAAGUAUGUAUGUAUAAUAAUUUAAAUUCAUAUAAUUCAAAUUUAAAAUCUAUAAUUUGAAUAGUUUUUUUAAGCAUUUAAAUUAAGAAAGAAAUAACUAUGGAUUCAACAUUAUGUUUACCUUCAUCUAAAAAAGAGAUUGAAGAAUUAAUAGAAAAAACAAAAGAUUGGGCACUCAUGCAUGGAAUGUGUAUGAGAUCUAAACAAAAUUUUAAUAGAAAUGUCCUACAAUUUGCACCAUUUAUUCUAAUGCCAUCUCCAUUUCCUAGAAAAGAAUUUAUAAAUGCUUGUCAGAUUCAAGUAAUAUUAAAUAUGCUUAUACAUAGAGUUGCUCAAGAUUAUAAUUUUUUAAAAGAAACUUUAGAAGAAACAAUUAAAGUUGAUAAUUUUACUAAAGAAUUAUUUGAAAUUUGUAAAAUUAUAAACAAUGAAGGAGGAUCAGUACAAAAAAUAUCUCUUGGUAUAUUACGUUCAGACUUAAUGUUGGAUACAACUUGUCCAGAAAAAGAUAAAAAUAAGAAUAUAUAUUGUUGUUGGAAACAAGUUGAAAUAAAUACAAUUGCAUCUGGCUUUGGUUGGUUAGGACCUGCUUCAACUGAAUUACAUAAGUUUGUUUUAAAAGAGCUUGGUUAUCAUAAAGAAAUAAAAAAUCUUCCAGAAAAUAAUGCAUUACAAAUAAUAUGUUCAAGUAUGAUUAAAGCAUGGAUGAUGUAUGGAAAUCAACAAGCAGUAAUUUUGUUUGUCAUUGAAGAUAUUACAUAUAAUAUUUGUGAUCAACGUUUUCAUGAAUUUGAAAUUAGAAAACAAAAUCCAAAUGUCAGAAUCAUUCGUAGAAAUUUAACACAAUUAACAGCUACUGCUAAAUUGGGCUACAAGAAAGAAUUGAUAGUAGAUAAUUAUAUUGUAGCUGUAGUGUAUUACAGGUGUGGUUAUGAACCUGGACAAUAUCACACACAAAAAGAAUGGGAAGUAAGAUUACUAAUAGAAAGAUCUUUAGCAAUUAAAUGUCCUACUAUUCAGUAUCAUUUAGCAGGAACUAAAAAAGUUCAACAAACUCUUGCAAAGCCAGGUGUAAUUAGUAGAUUUUUAAAAAAUGAAAAAACAUGUGCAGAGAUUACAGAAAUAUUCACUGAACUUUAUGGAUUAGACUUUGAUGAACAUGGAGAUGCUGCUAUAGAAAUGGGAAUCUCAGACCCACAUCGUUUUGUAUUAAAACCUCAACGGGAAGGAGGUUGUAAUAAUAAAUAUGGAUUAGAUAUAAAACAUUUCUUAGAAUCUGUAAAAAAUAAGCAAGAUAGAGUAGCUUGGAUUCUUAUGGAUAAAAUUCAUCCUCCAAUUCAUAAAAGUUAUAUGGUUAGACCUGAAAUUAAUAUAGAUACUGAAUUGCAAGAAUUAGUUUCUGAAUUAGGAAUCUUUGGUGUUAUAAUAGCAGAUGAAAAUAAUGUAUAUGUUAACAAACAAAGUGGUCAUAUGUUACGAACAAAGUUAGCUACUGCUAAUGAGGGUGGUGUUGCAACAGGAUUAGGUGCAUGUGACAGUCCAUUUUUAGUAGAUUAAAAAUGAAAUCUUAAC